AUGGCAGUAGCAUCCAAUAACACUGCAUUGAAUAUGCUCCUUUCAAAACUGCUCCAAGACUUUGCAGAUCAGUCAAACCACCCCACACCCGCACGGGUUGUUGCAACAAGUGACCACCUGGAAGUAGUGUAUAUACUCUUAUGCCUGGGCUUCUUUGGCUUCUUCACAUUUGGAAUUCUGAUAAGCUACAUCCGCUCCAAGAAGCUUGAGCAUUCCAAUGACCCAUACAAUGUGUAUAUUGCCACAGACAUUUGGUAUAAGAAGGACAAAGCAGACUUGCAAGCCAAAGUGGUGGAAAAUUAUAAAUCAAGCUUUGUGUUGAAAAACCAGCAUGCUGUUGAACAACCCAUGAAUCACAUCCCUGAAGUGAAAUCGUCAUAG